UUUAAUUUUCUUCUCUCAAAGAAAGCAAAAUAUCGAAAAGAAAUAAAUUAAUAAUAUAAUUUUUCCCGAAAAUGUCGAGUCCCUGGGGCCGCAUCGGCGCGUGGGCCGCCGAGGCGGAGCGAGAAGAAGCGGAGGAACGUGCGGCUGCGGAAGCAGAGACAGCUGCUGGACACACGGCUGAAUCUCAGAGUUUCCCUAGCCUGAAGGAAGCCGUUAGCGCGAAGCCCAAGAAGAAGAAGAAGCAGACUCUGUCGGAGUUUUACUUGGGGACUUACUCGUCAUAUGGCGGGGGCGGAUUGGGUGGUGAUGCUAAGGUGACGGAAUACAAUAGGCUGACACCCCAAGAGAUGAUGCUUCUCCCUACCGGGCCCAAAGAACGUUCCGCCGAGGAAUUGCAGUAUGGACGUCUCGGGGGUGGGUUUUCAUCUUACGGGAGAACGGGUCCACAUGCAGGUCGGGGUAUGCGUCACUACGAAGAUAGCGAUGGAUCGUGGGGCUCCGGAAGGAGGCAGCACGGAGGUUUUAAUGAAGAGAGACGGGGUCCGUCUUCUAGGGUUUCUGAUUUCGAUCAGUCGUCGCGUGCUGAUGAAGUGGAUAAUUGGGCAAUGACAAAAAAAGUAAUUCCUUCAAUGGAUUCGGGCAGGCAAAACCGGUAUGGUGGGCUUGGAACUGGAGGAAGUGGUGGAUUCUCUAAGGCUGAUGAGGCUGAUAAUUGGACAGCUGGAAAACGGUCAAUUCCAACUCGAUCUUCAACUUUUGGUUCGGGUUUUGCGGACUCUGGACCAGAGCCUGAUAGAUGGUCCCGAGGUGGUGUUCGUGAAUCUGGACCGGAGCCUGAUAGAUGGUCUCGAGGUGGUGUUCGUGACUCUGGACCGGAGCCUGAUAGAUGGUCCCGAGGUGGUGUUCGUGACUCUGGACCGGAGCCUGAUAGAUGGUCCCGAGGCGGUGUUCGUGACUCUGGACCGGAGCCUGAUAGAUGGUCUCCAGGUGGUGGGGGCGGAAUCAGGGAGGAAAGGCCUAUAUUAGCUUUGGAUCCACCACAAGGGUGGGUGAAUGAGCUUGUGGUUAAAACAAAUAAAUCGAAUCCUUUCGGGGCAGCAAAGCCAAGGGAAGAGGUGUUAGUAGAGAAAGGACUGGACUGGAAGAAGCUAGAUUCUGAAAUUGAAGCAAAGAAGGAAACUACUAGGCCUACCAGCGCUCAUUCCAGCAGGCCUUCGAGUGCGCAAUCUAGCAAGCCCGAAGGUCCCCUGCAGCAAGGGAUUGAAAAUGCAAUCAAGCCUAGGCCAAAGGUCAACCCUUUUGGUGAUGCUAAGCCUAGGGAAGUUUUGCUGGAAGAGCGAGGCCAAGACUGGCGUAAGAUUGAUCUUGAUUUAGAUCGUCGCAGGAUUGACAGGCCAGAAACCGAAGAGGAAAAGAUAUUGAAAGAUGAAAUAGAUCAUUUAAAGAAGGAAGUUGAGAAAAAUUCGACACGGAGUUCAGAACCUGCCAGGGACCAACACUCUUUACAUGAAAAACUUCUUCACAAGGAAAGGGAAUUAGAGUUGCUGAUAAAAGAUUUGGAGAACAAAGUUAGAUUUGGGCAGAAAGCUGUUGAAAGGCCUGGAUCUGGAGCUGGCAGCUUCUCCGAUGGACCUCCUUCUCAGUCUGGAUCUAUUGAUAGCUCUAGAAGUGUAGAGUUCACGAAUAGGCCUAGAUCUCAGGGUACUGCAGAUGCACGGACAAGGCCUAGAUCUCGUGGUACCGCAGAUGCAUGGACAAGGCCUGGUGAUGAGCGAAGAAGAUUUCAAGGUGGCAGGGAUAGAGGAUUUCAGGGAAACAGAGACAUGGAAAGGCCAAGAUCGAGGGAGAGAUGGUGAACCGCAAUCGGCAUUGCUUUGUCGAAUUCCGUCAAAUAACCUUUGACAACAUGGACCGAUAAUAUUUUGUUACCUUCAUGCUUAUUGCUCUGGUAAAGUGGGGUAAAGGAUUCUUGAGUAUUGUAACAAGGAACUAUG